AUGUUGCACAGGACACUAUCGGAGCAGCCUUCUCCUCCCAUUCUGCGCAUCUCGGAAAGAAGCACACUCGGCUUCCGAUCGCCUAGCGCGACGCCGGAGAGUGUAGCGAAGCCAGGUUGUAACAUAGCAGUAGAGCUUGAUGGCGAUGCAUCGUUCAUCGGCGAGGAGAAAGAUAACGCUGAUCCUAGUGUUUCCGAUAGCUCUAGCAAUGAUGAAUCUGAGAGUGACGAAGGAGUCAUUGAUUUCAAAUCAAUGAAUAUUACAGAUUUCUUGAGGUAUUUCGCUAUAGCAACCAAUCAAAAGCACUCGGCCAUGAACAUGUUGCUCUCAAUUUUGAUUACAAAAACCAAUUUCGUGCUUCUAAAAGAUGCUAGAGCGCUUUUAAACACCAAUAGAGAUCGUCCGGAACAAAGUGCUCUCGGAAACGGGACUUUCUGGACCCGUGGUAUUAAAAAAAGCCUCAUGGACAAUUUACGGUUUACUACUGUGACAGAAACAAUAUCAUUGAAUAUUUAUAUUGAAGGCCUUCCGUUGCACAAAAGUAGUAACAUGCAAAUUUGGCCCAUCAUGAUAAAUAUUCAAGAAAUGCCUCUGAUCGCACCUAUUACAACAGCGUUGUAUUGUGAGCGCACAAAACCAACAAAUACUCAACAAAUCAUGGAUUUAUUGGUAAAAGAGCUGAACAAAUUAAUGGACGAAGGGCUUGAACUAAAUAAUUGCCGAGUGCAAGUAAAAAUACGCGCAAUAAUAGCAGAUUCUCCAGCAAGAGCAUUUUUGAAAGCUAGUGACUAA